GGCCGCCCUUGUUUUCAUAAGACAUAAUAGUUGUGCGCUCAAAAGUUUGUGAUCCACACCAGAAAAUGGACUUCAGGCUGAGUUUUGAAAGAAGACAACAACACUGCAAUGUUCGGCAAGCCCAGAGAAACAAACUUUAUUGGAUGCGAUAUUUUAAUACUUGACUUCACAAUUAAAUAUCUAAAACUUGGCAGAACUUGAACACAUGUUUGUUUUCUGCAUGGGAUGGGGUUCACUAACUUUUGAGCACCACUGUGAUAUUGAUUAUCUCUGUAUCAGGUUGUAUUAAACAGCACACGUCAUAUCAGAAAGGGAUACCUAUACAAGUUUCUCGAACCAUGGCUUGGAUUAGGGCUGUUGACAAGUUCCGGUAAGAAGUGGUUUCAUCGUCGUAAGCUACUUACUCCGACCUUCCAUUUCUCCAUUCUUCAAAGUUUCCUGGAUGUUUUCAAUGAACAAAGUAUGAUCUUGGUCAAGAAACUUGAAGAGUUCACGGAGAACUCCGCCAUGGUCAAUAUAUUCCCCCUCAUUACUUAUUGUGUUCUGGAUAUCAUAUGCAUUACAGCAAUGGGACGUUCUUCUAAUGCGCAAGGGGAUGAGGAAAACGAGUAUGUGAAAGCAGUAGCAAGAAUGAGUGAACUGCUGACAGUAAGAGGAAAGAAUCCAUUGCUUUGGCCAGACUUCAUCUUCAAGAAAUUAGAGAUAGGUAAAGAGCAUGAUCGCAGGUUGAAAAUUCUCCAUGACGUCACAAACAAAAUGAUACAGGAAAGACUUCAGGAUUCGACGAAAGAUUCUCGGUCUUCUUGCAAGGAUGAUGAUGGUAGUGGUGGUGACGAAUCGGUUACAAGGAGACGCAAGAGAAUCGCAUUUCUUGAUCUACUCCUUCAGAUGCACCGAGAAGACGCGAGCUUCACGCUGGACGAUAUUCGUGAAGAAGUCGAUACUUUCAUGUUCGAGGGCCAUGACACCACUGCUGCUGCAGCAGGAUGGGCUAUCUUUCUGAUUGGACAUCAUCCGGAUGUACAGGCUCGACUACACAUGGAAAUGGACCAGGUCUUUGGAGAUUCUCUGCGACCCGUGACGUCAGAUGACCUACCUAGGCUUCCAUAUCUCACAUGCGUCAUCAAGGAAACCCUUCGUAUCCUCCCUUCUGUACCAAGUAUCUUCAGGAAGCUUGAUGAAGACAUCAUCUUAGAUGGGAAGGUUGUCCCGAAGGAGACUCUGGUGGCCUUGAGUAUCUAUGGCCUUCAUCAGGACCCGGAAGAAUUCCCAAACCCUGAUAGGUUUGACCCUGAUAGGUUUCUCCCUGAGAAUGCAGAAAAGAGACAUCCGUAUGCUUAUGUGCCCUUUUCAGCUGGACCAAGAAACUGCAUUGGUCAGAAAUUUGCCAUGAUGGAAGAAAAGACACUCCUCGCCAGCAUCCUUCGAAAAUUCUCGAUAAAAUCUGUCCAGACCGUUGAUGAAGCUAAACCUGCUGGACAGCUCAUCAUUCGACCGAUAGAGGGCAGUAUGUUGGUUAAGCUCAGUAGGAGAAAGUAACGAGAUGGUAUCAGUGGUAGGUUCAACAAUAAAGAAUUGUAGUUGUCAUUGUCAUUUGCAUCUUGCCAAACAGUACCACCGUUUUCCGAUUGGAUUUUCUUGAUUCAAACUUAGGAUGAAACCAAAAUGAAACAAAUCAUGUUAUCAACCUAUUUCAUUCAUUCACAUUCGACUUUGCAUAGAAUGACGAUUAAUUUACACCAAAUUUUGUUGAUUCUCGUUUGAUGAUGACGAUGAUGUUUGUGAUGAUGAUGAUGAUGAUGGUUAUGAUGAUGAUAAUAAUAGUGAUGAUGAUAUCAAAAGAUAAAAAAGAUGAAAGAUAUAUGGAUAUUGCUAAAAAAAAAUGCCUUGCAUUACAAACGGACAUGAAUAUGAAUUACAAAUAAAAAGAAUCUCAAGUACAUGUAGCAGGGGACAUCAAGAGGUAAUUUUACAAUGCACCCGAGUUCGAGAUAAAAAAAAAAUAAUAAUUAAAAAUUUACCGUAUCCAGGUACCUCAUAAGAAGCCCCCGGGAGCAAAUAUAAUAUCAGAAUUUAUAUGUAUUAUGAUAAUCAUAUGGCGUUUAUCUUCAAUUUAUAAUGGAUUGUAAAGAGGUGCGAUUUGAUCGAUAUGGAUUUGAGAACUAAUGGACAAUCUUUUAAAAAAUAAUGAUUGCCACGCCCUCCAGUAUAGAUAUUUCCAUCAUGAUAGCCUUUUUCAUGCAUAGCUUUUUUUUUAUCCUCCUGAUUUUGAUAGAUCAACGCAUUAAAGUAAAUACAAGUUGCAUACCAAUACAGAUAAAUAUAUUUCUUUGUUAAUAUGACAAUGUAUGAAACGAUUUCUGGCCAAUAUGUUGAGAUGUACCUCGAGAAAUAAAAUUCAAGUAUUUUUUUUUUAAUUUAUAAUCCUCUUUUGCGCUCAAAAUUGGCUUUUUUAAAGUGACACUGUGUUAUGCAAAUAACUGAGCCUUAGGCCAUCGAGAAAGUGACUGUAUGAAAUCAUUUGAGAAUCUAAUUUAGUGUUCAAUAUUUCAAGUUUUUUCGCCUACAGGCUGUUAUGAAUGAACAUUUAGGUCACUAAACAAUUUAAAUGAGCGAUGAACAAUGAUCAUUGGGACUGCUUAUUGUAAUGAGUUAAAUCAAUUGUGAGAACCAUUAUUCCGAAGACCACUUGCAGAAUUUUAUGUUUACAGUUUACCUUUUGCCUAAUUAUUUUAAUUCUUAUUGUGUGGGUAUCUUUCAAACCAUUUCCACUGACUUUAGACCUUAUUUACAAUGUGUUCAUACAUUACUAACACAGUUGAAUUGUUCGUGAAGCCCAAUAAUGUUUUUAUACUUUUCAAUAAUUAUGUACAUGGUUACUUUUUCUUUGGAAAUUAAUAAAUAUUUGUUGAAGCAAAUCG